UUACGUCAUUACCAAGCGACGCCAUUUUGUUUCCCUCGACCGCACGCACAGACUGCCGUGACACCGUUUUUGCUUUACCCGUGUCUUUUGAAUCAUUCUCAUUUUGUAAGGUCGUCAUUGAGUUCAAAGAUUUAUACUUUCAAAUUUGAGGAAGAAGCGAAUCUGAGUUGCAACACAACCGACAGACUUGCUAGUAGCGGAACUUUCAACGAGAAAUGGAUGAAGAAGAGAAGCCGUUUGCUUGUAACUUUGGUGGUUGUAAUCAGCGAUUUAGCAACAAUGACCAUUUGAUUGUGCAUGAACAGCAUCAUACUUUGGACAUCAAGUUUCCGGGAAGAGCAGACUCCUUUCUUGUUGAUCAAACGCCAACUCCAACACGUUUCCUAAAGCUGGGAGAUGAGACGGGCUUGUUUGAGGCUCUAAAAGGAGAUGAAUUGCCAAAGCCAUCGAAUCCGUUUGAUGUGGGUUUCAGGGAAGCAGCUUUGAAGAAUUCCCAGACAAGUCAGUCUGUUUCACAGCCAGUAUAUCAGGUUACACAGCCUGUGGCAGAUCGUGAUCGAGAAAGUAUUGGGACUUCUGUUGGAACUUCAUCUAUCGAGAAACCUGUAAUGACAACAGUGAAAACUCUUAACUCAUCUGAAACUUCUCAAAUGCUUCUUCAAGCUGUGGGUUUGCCUUCUAAAACUGUUUUGCCUUCGUCAAAAUCAUCACCUUCGUUACCUGUCAGCGGCAUUGCUUCCUCUGUUGGAACUGUUGUUAUUCCUGUAGCACCACCUACAGGACUAGCCAAUCCUACUGCUGACUUUCCUGUGGCGUCUGUACCUAUUGGUCUCAGUCUUGCAAAUAGUUCCAAAGUUGCAGCAAUUAAUGGAAAAUUUGAUCUAAAACAACAAAUCAAGCACAAUCUUGUUGCUCAGAAUCCAAGCAUUGUCUCUCAGGCUAUUGCUCAUGCUCAGACAAGAGAAGAUACAUUGCAAGAGAAUGUGUACUCUCCAACAGAAGUGAACAAAACUGCUGGGAGAAGAAGAAGUCGAAGUCGAACUGAAGAUGGUGAUCCAGACACAAAACGAAAACGAUUUCUGGAGAGGAACAGAGCUGCAGCAACUCGUUGUCGGGAAAAACGAAAGCAGUGGAUUGUGGGUUUGGAGAAAAAGGCUGAUGGAAUGUCUGCACAGAACACUCAGUUACAGCAAGAAGUCUUGUUUUUGAAAAAUGAAGUAGCGCAGCUGAAGUCGUUGCUGCUGGCUCACAAGGAUUGCCCUGUCACAGUUGCUCAACAAGAGCAGAUGAAACAGUUGCAAGCUACAUCUACAGACGGCUUGCCUGCUACAACCACUUUGUCAACAGGUCAGCAAACGUUUUUCUUGUUUACAAAGUCUUCUGACAUGGCGUCUUCAACACCAAUAACCACUGGGGCAAAACAAGAACAUGCAGAGCAAGUUGCAACGACCGCCCUUGCAACAAUGGCAAGACCAAACAACCAACUCUUAAAUUUGGCAAAACUCAACACGACAACAGGAGUCAACUAAGGCAAGUUGCAAUGGAUGGUUACACAUUAACUUAUGUUUCUUGUCUGUUUACAAAGUAGCUUCGUACUUGUGUGAGCAUGGCCUCGUAGAAAGAAAUUGUACUUCUGUAUAUAAAGCAGCAGCAUUUGACAUAGCAAAUUUUCUAAGUAAUUCUAUUUUGAUUGUCUUGACUGUG